AGACUCACUAGGUUUGCCGAACCAACUAUCCUCAGGGGACUUAAGAAACAAAAAAAAACUUUCUCGCCUUCUUCUAGAAACAACACCUUCUCUUCCAAUUAGAGUCUCUCAAAAAAAAAAUGGCGGUUACAUCUUCUAGAACCAGAUCAACCGCUUCUGCGCUACGCUCUCCGUCUUCACCAGGCUUCGCUUCCUCCACAAGCUCCACCUUCUCCUCCCGUACUUUCUUCAGCAACCAUCAUCAACCCCACAGAUCCGCGUCCCCUACGCGCGUUAACCUCUUCGCAUCCUCCCCCUUAAAACAAUCAUCGUUCCGUUACUCGAUCGACAACACCAGAUCCAUCGCCGUUUCGAAGCCCAGCGCCAGCGGCAACAAGAUCCCCGAUUCGAGGAGGAGAUGCAUGUGCUCGCCGACGACUCACCCCGGAUCGUUCCGGUGCAGUCUGCACAAGAACGUGGCGAAUCCCCACGGGCAAGGCGCCGCGACGGCGGCGGCGUAUCCGACGAACAGUUUGAAUAUGAGGAGAUCGGCGAUGACGAAUUCUCUGGUGAGGAUCGGUGGGGUUGAAGGCGAGUGGGUGAGAAGAGCGUUGACGACUUUGAUAAGGCCUUCUUCGCAUCAGCUGAAAAGGAGGUCUGCUUAUCAGCCUAGGCCUAGUAGGCUAUCGUCUAUGUCGAAGGCUGAUGAUCUUUGAUCGGGUUUGUUAUUGAAUCGGAGACGAAAACGACACCGUCUUGAAGUUUUUUGUUUUGUUGCGUGAAGAUGAAUUGUACAUAGUACUUCAUUUGCUAUCGAAAAAUAUCUAGAAUUGAAGAACAGUAAUAGAAGUGGUUAUUUAAAAUUAAAUGGAACAAAGGGACUUGGUUUAUAUUUUGAAUUCCAAUUUCUACAUCCGGUUUGGAUC